GUAGCUACAACGGCUGCUUAGAAACCGUUCGUUUGGGACGAUAACAGUACAGCGCUAGUUAGUGUGGUCAAAUGUGUACCUCUGUAGUGAUGAAACCAGGACGGAGACGAUCCAGCGGCGGGAAACUGCCAGUAUGCAGAAUGACGUCAUCCUCCACUCCGAACGGAACGAAAGGAACGACUUAUUACGAGGAUGACUUCUUCAUGUUCCUGUCCUGCGGUGCGCGCGAUGGCCUGCCCAAGUCACGGGUCAGGGUCGACUUCUCCAGCGAAAAGUACGGCCGGAAGGUUGAACCAUCCACCGAGCCCAACAUCGCCCGCUUCUGGGAGGACCACAAACGGAACAACCCCCGCUUGUUCAACGGGUCCAAGUUUCGCAUGCAGUCCGUGGAUAUGUUGGAGAGAGAUGGGGAAGGGAACAACCUUGUGACAUUCCGCAUUGGUCUGACGGACUAUCGUGACUUUAUGGGCACGAAUAUGAGCAGGGACGCCGCCUAUUUGAUGCAGAGGGGACGGCAGAGUUGCGGGGACCCGCACGCGUACCUGUCCCAGCCCGUGGGGGUGGGGUCCAUGGUCAUCACCAGUGACGACCAGGUGGUGAUGAUGCGGCGGAGCAGCUGGGUGUCAGAAGGGCCGGGGCAGCUGGACCGCCCGGGGGGACACGCCGAACCCAAGGAAGUGACCAAAAGGUGCGGCUCGGACGAGUUCACAAACGAUGCUGUGCUGGACGAGCUGUUCGAGUCGGUCAUUAGUGAAAUUCGUGACGAGAUAAACAUUCCCGAGUCCUUCCUCAGUGAACCCCGCCUGCUGGGGGUGAACGGAAACCACAAGUCAGGCGGGCGGCCCAGUGUGGAGUUCAUUGUCAGGUGCAGUCUGACAGCAGAGGAGGUCCAGGCGCGGUACCAGGCGGGCGGCCAGGCGGAGGCAGACGAGUCGACCGGCUUGGUCAUGUUCAAACUACAGGACAUGCUGCGGAUGGACUUCUUGAACCCGGCCGUGUGGCGGGAUCUCACUCCCGUGGCGCGGGCUAACGUCGUCAUGAUUAGACAAGGCUUCUGACGAUCUCACAGAGAGCCUAACCAUCAUGGCGCACAAUGCUUCUGAUGAGCUCACAAGUGCUUAGCUUUAUCAUGUUCGAGAUCUGAAAAUGUCAUGAAUCUGCUAUGGAUCGUACUUAUGCCUAUCUGAAUCCGAUGAUGGAUCAUAUUAUCAAUAUCAGCAACCAUAACCAGACGAGCGCCACUCAGGCUACCGUGUACAAUAUUAUUUUCCAAUCGUCAGUCUUAAAGUCUUGUCGGAUUUAGUAUCGACCAUUCCAGAUUGUCCAGAUUCCAUGUAAAAUAUGGAGUUUUUUGAAGCAUGAACAACUCUCAGAGAGAGCUCCACUGGUAACACCAUUGGAAAAAGACAGUUCAUCAGCUUUGUACAAUAUAAACACUCUGGGAACAAGUCGUAAGGAGAAAUUAUAACACGUAACGUUACAUGUUUCAGAUUCAAUAGCCAGUAUUUUCUAUCAAGAAAUAUUUAAUGAUACAGAACAAUGUAUGUACAGUGAAACAGAAUAAAUCUUUCUGACAUUGCUUGUGAUCGA